GGCAACAUUUAAGAUUCAUAAAUUCGCUACUCUCCACCAUUUUACCAUAUUAUUUUAUAUUCGCUAUUUUAAUACACUACUUACACGAUUAGUGUCUGUGUGUGCGUGUUUAAAAACAGAGAAGGGUUGCAUUUUGGUAACUUACGUAUCACAGCUUAAAAUUAAGAGAAAAAAAGUAGAAACAUAACGCUAAAUGGCUGAUAAACUAAAAGAAAUUGAAAUCGAUAAAGUGACGUGGAAAUCUAUACGAGAAGACGGUCUUGACCUGGAUUAUGCUGUAGCGAUACCGAGAGAAAAAGCAAAUAUUUUAUACGGAGAACUUGAAAACACUUUACAAUAUUUUACCGGCGAUUUGUCAAAAAUUAAGGUAUUUGGAAAAAUAUAUCCUUUGCCCAGACAGCAAGUUGCGUAUGGCGAUCCCGGCAUAACAUAUACCUAUUCAGGAAUUACCGUGCCGGCCUUACCUUGGCCCACACCAGUCUUAGCGAUAAGAGACUUGCUUUUUAAAUUAAAGGGGAUACUUUACGACUUUGUCUUAGUAAACAAAUAUAGGAAUGGGAACGAUCAUAUGGGUGAGCAUAGAGACAAUGAACCGGAAUUAGAUCCCAAGUACCCGAUAGCGUCAGUAUCACUUGGACAAGAGAGAGUGUUUGUGUUGAAACAUAAGGAUACAAGGAAGCCAGGACCUAAUAGGAAACAAAUACCACCAGUGAAGAUCAACUUAGAACAUGGGAGCAUUCUUUUAAUGAAUCCGCCCACGAAUGAGAUCUGGUAUCACAGUUUGCCUGUAAGGAAGAAACUGACUGGGGCAAGAAUUAAUCUCACCUUUAGAAAGAUGCGCGGAAAAUUGUAA